AGCGCAGCCGACGGUGCUCGGUCUCGAGGGGUGCCGAGUGUCCCUGGAACUCACUGCACGACGAUGCGUCCUCUGCUGCUGGUGCUGGCGUUGUGCGCGGCCGGCGCCGCUGCUCAGGUCAGCUACGCGCCCCGUGCGGGCCAGGGAGCGUCGGGCCGUCGGCGCCGACUGCGGCCGCGGCGGCCGGUGCGGCCAGAGCCGCAGCAGGCGGAUGGCCAGACGCUGGUGCCGUUCCUGCCGUCGGGCGCGAGCCCGCCUAGCCGCGAGCGUUUCCAGCCGCUGUCGGCGCCGCAGCAAGACUUUCGCCCGCAGCAGGACUUCCAGCAGGACUUCCAGCAAGGCUUCCAACAGGACUUCCGGCAGGGCUUCCGGCCGCAGCAGGACUUCCGGCAGGAGUUCCAGCAGCCGCGGCCGGCGCCAACCACGCUCAAGCCGCGUCCCAGCCCCCGGCCCACCGCCCAGCCCAGUAUUCAGCCCAGUCGAGCUAGCAGCCGCUUCCAGCCGCAACAGAUCGACUUUGCUGACUAUGCGCCGGAGACGGAUAGCAAGUCGGAGCUGGAGAGUGAGGACUACGAGGAUGAGCCGGACCGGCUGACCGUGCUGCUAGAGACGUCCAGCUUCCGCUGCGAGCCGGCCGACACGGGCUACUUCGCCGACGACAGUGUCAACUGUGAGGUCUUCCACUACUGCGCCGCAGGAGUCAAGCACUCGUGGGUCUGCCCGGACGGCAACAUUUUCCACCAGAUCAAUCUCAUCUGCCAGCCGAAGGGCUCGGACAACAUCUGCCAGCGCUCGGGCGAGUUCCACUUCGUCAACGACUACUUGUACCAGCAGAUCAACAACGACACGCUGCGACCGCAGUAUGCCGACCGCUACUACCCGGACAGCGCCGCCGGCGCUGAUCAGUACGCCGACCGUCCGGCGCCUCAGGCUUCCUACAACGAGCGGCAGCCGGAGGGGACGCCGGAGCGUCGCCGCCGGCCGCGCCCGCCGCAGCGCUUCGGCCCUAGCGGCAACGGCUUUAGCGACGGCUUCCGUCAGGGCCAGUCGCAGUCGGUGCUGCGGCCGACGCAGCAGGCGCGCCAGCGCGCGCCCGUGGAGGACUUCGACCCGGCGGCGUUCCACGCGCGCGCGCGGGUGCCGGCGCCGCAGCAGGCUGAGCUGGCGUCGACUUUCGGUCAGGACAGCUUCCAGCGGCGCGGCGACGAGGCACGCCCCCUGCCGCCGGUCCGGCCGCCCGGCGACCCGUACCCGUCGGUGGCUCUCCGGCCGGACAUCACCUUCCGCGGCGCGCCGCAGCCGGCGCAGGAGCGACGCGAUCAAAUCGUUCUUGGCGGCUUCCAGGGGAAUGUCGACAUCGAGGAUCUGGCGUCGCGCCGCGCCGGCCAGUAGCGCCCGACAGGUUGGCCGCGGCUCGGAGGAGGCUUAACGGCGUUUGACCGGCCUUGACGGGGCGGAGAAGCUGGCAGGUUCUAAGCGGGACUGCAGCACGCGUUGGUAUGUCGGACGGUUGACUCCACGUGAUGGCUUGCUUUUGAUGAAUAACGUCUGCUGAUUCGAUAGUCAGCCUGACGAACAUGCCCCGGAAGGCGUGGUUCGAAAGUAUCUCAUUCACCUUGACAGCAGGUGGCAGUACGUCACAGAUUCCCAUGACGAACCGUGCCACGGAGCGUCACGCGCGAGACCACGGUUUGUCACGCGUUAGGUCACGUCGCGUCAUGUGCGGGGUCAUGGCGUUACAUGCCUUGUCACGUAGUGGCACGUGCUAUGUCACAUGGUGCCACUUGCCGGGUCACGCACGCCCGACGUGGUUGUCGUUUAUCAAUCACGUCACCUCCAACCUGAACCCGGUGCCGCUCCCGUCCGCUCGCGUGACUUGGUGUGAGCCUUUGGCAGAGCAGGGGACCAGUCACAUGACCUCCGUGCAGGGGGUCGUGUAGCGACGUCUCGCCCCGGCUCUCGAUGGGGUGCGGGCUGGAAGACCACGGGGUCGUGAAAGAGGUCACGAGGUCACAGAGGGUUCGUUCUCGCACCGCAGUAAGCCACCGGGAGCGGGAACGAUGCCAUUUGUGUGAGCCCAGCACCGGUGUGCUAACGCUAGCCGCGUAAUCGGAGAAAGAAAGUCCGGCGAAGAGAGUGCGCGCGCGAGAGAGAGCCCCUGUGAGCCUCGUGGCGUCAUCAUCAUUUCCUUUGUCGCGAGUCUCGAGGUCGAGGCUCGAGGCGCUUGUUUCAACAUGUUCCCAGUUUGCAUGCAUGCGUCGGGACUGCGCCUGAGCCAUGCGAGAGUGAAGCAACUGGCGAGACGCUCGCCCGCGUUCGUUGUACAAUGUCAUGUUCUGUGCGGGGAUUGCUGAAUAAACCAAUCGAAGCAAAUGACA